CUCUGGGGGGGCGGAGCAAGAUGGCGGCGGUACCGGCGUUCCCGGUGUCCCUCUCGGGCAGGUUUAAGGGAUCCUUUGCGUAUUUUACAAUUAAAGACAGACUUCCCCAGAUCCUCACGAGAGUUAUUGAUACUUUGCAUCGACAUAAAAAUGAAUUUUUUGAAGAACAUGGUGAGAAGGGUGUUGAAGCAGAGAAGAGAGCUAUAUCUUUCCUCUCCAAACUGCGGAAUGAGCUGCAAACAGACAAGCCGGUGACCCCUUUGGAAGAUGAGUUGCCUGAUGCUGCGCUGUGGAACCAAUACCUGGACUACCAACGAAAUUUACCCAAUGGAAAUGGAGAACCAAGUUGGUUUCAGUCCCCUUGGCUGUAUGUAGAGUGUUAUAUGUAUCGAAGAAUCCAUGCAGCAUUAGCACAGAACCCACCUAUUGACAACUUUGACGUAUUUAAGGAAGGAAAGGCUCAAAAUUUCUUUGAAUCCCAAGAAGCUAUUAUUGCCUUAUGCACUUACUUUCAGGAACUUCUUAAGAACAUCAAGGAUCUAGAUGAAAAGCAACUUCAGGAGGAAUUUUUUAAGCUAUUGCAGGUGUCAUUGUGGGGCAAUAAGUGUGACCUUUCUUUUUCAGCUGGUGAAGACAGCUCUCAGAAAUCUAGUCCCUUGCAAUCCCUGGAAAACAUGAUACCUUACAUCUUAGUGAAUGAUAUGGAAAAAGCUUGGUCACUACUUGUAAAUGCCAAAAAAAAUAGAAAAGAAGGAAGUAAUGUUAGAGUUGACAUAAUCCUGGAUAAUGCUGGAUUUGAACUUGUAAGUGAUCUUGUGUUGGCUGAUUUCUUGUUAUCGUCAAAGCUAGCUGAUGAAGUCCAUUUUCAUGGAAAAAGUAUUCCAUGGUAUGUAUCAGAUACCACAAAGCAUGAUUUUAACUGGACUAUUAAACAACUGGGGUCAGCUAAUCAUAUGUGGAUGUCUAGAUGUGGGAUAAACUGGGAGGGGAAUUUGAAAAAGGGAGUUUGGGUUUUCCGUGACCACAUGUUUUGGACUUUACCACAUGAUUUUUCCAGUAUGAGUGAAGUUGCUCCUGACUUGUAUGCUGAGCUACAAAAGUCAAACUUGCUUCUUUUCAAAGGUGAUCUAAACUAUAGAAAAUUGACAGGAGAUAGAAAAUGGGAAUGCAGUGUCCCGUUUCAUCAAGCCUUGAAUAAGUUUCAUCCUGCGCCUCUCUGUAGUUUGAGAACCCUUAAAUCUGACACUCAGGUUGGCCUGAAACCUGGACAAGGUGAGCAAAUUCAGGCUUCUGAACCUGAGUGGAUGGUAAGUGGAAAAUAUGGGGUAGUUCAGUUUGAUGCUGGUCUCUAGUUAAGAGAGAAAGUGAAAGAGAGAUUAAGUUUGACUUUAAUUUCUCUGUUCCAUGCUUGGCUUCAGUAAAGAUUCUUUUUUGUUUGUGCUUUUUCCUCUCAAGUUUUGUUGUUUUUGUCCCAUGAAAGACUUAAAUGUUGUGCAAAAAUUUGUAAACUGUCUUCAUAUAUGUAAAUCAAUCUGCAUUUCAAUGCAUUUUGUUUUCAUAAUGUCCAAUGUCAGCAGCCCAUUAAGAUGAAUAUUUAGUUGUCCAUAAUAUUUUUUCCUCAUCAGUGGGUAUGAGUUUAAUGAUUGAAAGCUUAACAAGUGAAAAAUUUGCUUCAGAAACAAUUUCCCCAAUGGCACAUUAGCAUUAAUUUACUUAUUUCAGAAUAAUUUGUGCUCCACGUCAUUUCAUGCAUUGCAUGAAAGUUAGUAUUUUAAAGAACUCAGAAAUUAAUUGCAGACAGAUUCUUUUGACGUUUUGAGUAUAGUAUAGUGUUACAUUAAGUGAUAAAUUAUGGGGUGACAGCUUGUAAAUACUCAUGUAGAGUUAAAAAUUGAAUUUCAGUUUUAAAGCACAAGUGAAUGUUGCUAGCCAGUUUGCUUGUGGGAGAGUUGUCCCAUCUGGUUGGAAAAUUGGUGGGAGAAAAGACAAUCUCAUGUUAAAACUGUUGAAGAUAUUUUCAAAGCUCUUCCAAAAAAGAAGCACACAGAAAACCCUCUCUAAACAAAAGAAAUUAAUGAAACCCAAGCAGUUACAUUAACUGGAUUUUAGAUUUAAUGCAGACUUGAUCUUCAGGUAACCUGUCAGCAGUGUAUGUAUGAGGUUCAAGCACUGCUGUUUCCUUCUUUUGUGGUAAUUCUCUUUAUUUUUCAAAUGUAUUUAUUUGGGGGAUUUUGGUUGGUUGGUUUCUUUUUAAGAAGGAUGCCUUAAUUUUCAAGGAGGAUACACAACCCCGUUUGCACUGAGAAGUACAGGGUAAAGAAGCAUAUACCAUACAGGUUCCUGUUAACUGGAGUUGUUAGAUGUCCAUUUCUACUUUUCUUCCCAGUCUCAAAAGUUGCUGCAUGUUAUGUUCAUGCAACAAAGAUCUAUACAAUGGAUAAAUGCUCCAAAAUGCUGAUGACUUUGAUUAUUUGUGUUUAGUUUCUUCUUCUUAAAUUUGAAAGGGUAUUUUGAGGUUCCAAGGUCAAGUACACAAAAACAAAGAUGCGAGGAAUUUAAUGAGGCUGCUGUAGGGAGGGUUACAGUUUUGAGAUCUGGGUUUACUGCUCUCAUCCCCUUUAUAUCUUUGGCUUAGUACUCCUAUAGGGUGAAUUCAUCCUCAUCUUUAGGCACCUGAUUGAACUGCAGAAAUUAGAAAUCCGGUCAAGAAAGCUGAAAGUUUCUGUCUGGAGAGAGCUCAGCAGCACUCCAACUUUAGAGCUAUGAUCAAAUAUGUUAAUGACACGAUGAAUCUGUGUACUGGAACCUCAGUGUCUCAUCUUUGAAAAUGCUAACUUGUUUUAAGUGCAUUUUGAAGCAGCAACUUUGGGUCAAGAACAGAGAAAUGGAAGUUGUGGAAUAUGUGAAAUGAGAACAUCAUACCUUGCUGAGAGAGACAAAAUGAAUUGGGGACGAAAUCUGCUUUACCUGUGCUCAGAUUGUUUGUAAGGUGCUGACUUAAUUUGCUGGAGAGGUUUAAAAGUGUAUAAUGGACAAGAAGAGGAAGUCACUGUUGAGGCUACUUUUGACAAAUAGAUUUGCCUCUUACACAAUCCUUACACAUGCUGAGAAACUUGAUUUAGUUUUUGACUGGUUGUUAAUGUGUCCCGUGCCGAGGUUGCUUUCAGGCUGUUAUUUCUGGGAACUCACAAUGCAGAUUGGGGAAAAUUAGUAGUAUGAAGUUAUGAUAAAUAAAGUCCUACAAAAUCCAAAAUCAAUUAGGAGAUGCAGCAGCAUUUGCUAAGUAUUACUGAAUUACGAAGAUUACUACAAGAUAUGUAAUUCUUAGCUUAGCACGUGAAUGCUAAUGUAUGACAAGAUGUCAUGCUGAAAAAAAAUAGUUCUAUUCUCCAGUUGAUUAAAAGUGCACUUUCCAUCUUUUGCCCCUCACAAAGAGACGUUUAUGUGGUAAUACACAGUGUGACUGUGUGGCUGUGUAAGGAAUGCACAACAAUAACUUGCAAAUGCUUGACUUCUAUAGCUGUAAUUGCAAAGUACUAUCUCUAGGCAGAACUGAAUAAGCAGCAUACUUUUAUGUUUGUUGACUGGCUAUAUUUUUGUAACAUUUUGAUUGAUUGUAUGAAAAAAAGAAAAAAUAACAUCAGUGUUACAGUCUCCCAUGACACAACAAAGUUGUGAAGACAUAUUCCAAUGAGGUAUGGUGCUCUGCUGAUGGGUUUGAUGCAGUUCCCUUAAAAAUAGGAAAUGCUUUUGUAGCUAUUCUGUGUUAAUUACUUUUUGUAAUAUAACGUAAUGAAAUGGCAGCAUGAACCUAUUGCUUUUAGGUGGAAUUAAAAAACAUAACCUGAAGCAUGUGUUAGACCAAUAGCAUGUGCUGCAAUACAACAUUUUUUUACUUGAGUAUUUAAGAAAGUUCCUUCAAUACAUCUAUUACAACUGUAUUACAACUGAUUGCCCAAAAUGCUUCUACAGUAUAACUCAGGAACUACUGAUUUGUACAUCCAAAAUUUGAGAUUUUAAUUUCAUGUGCCAUUUGAAUAUUUAUUGCAAAAGCCAAAGGCAUUUUCAGUAAUUCUGAGGACGGACCACAACAAAAAACCAGUUUUUAGUUUUGUUUUUUACCUUUUAAAGAACUGUAUUUGUAAGUCAGUUUUUGAUGAUGGCUUUCAUUGUUGAUGAAAUAGGGGGAAAUUUAUGUCAGGCACAAUGAAAAGCAGUACACACCUGUCUGAAUACUUGAUAAGUUAUGUAAGAUACCUACAGUAAUUUCUUAUGUAUAUAAGGUUUCUUAAAAUAAAUUGUUUGAUGUGGAAAAUAAGUUGAUUGUAUGACUAGAAGCUUGUAAGAAUAUUGAAAUAAAUUAUAUAAUUUUGUGCAAGUCAGACAUUAUUAUACUAUUUCAGUGUCUGGGGAAACCAACUUAAAAUAAUUCAGGUCUUAGUUCCUGAUUUUUUUUUCUUUGAAACAGUUUUUAUGCAUAAACCUGUAAAGCAUAUUUAUUCAAUGAGUUCUUGAAAGAUACAUCAUAAAAUGUUCUUCUGUAACAAGACAGGGCAAAAGUAAGGAAUUUUCUAAUUUUUACUCUACUUAUACUCCUUAAAAAUAAUUGAAAAUCUCUUAAAUGUAUCUGGUAAUUACUUACUAAGGUUGGUGUAGCUGAUGGUGUCAUUUCCAGAAUCACUUCUAAAACUGAUAGGUUGUCCAUGUGUUCUCAGCAAAAAUGGAAAUAUUUUGGUGUUACUCUUACUGUAACUAAAAUAUUUCAAAAAUAGUUUGGUUUGCACACCUUGCUGAUGUCCCAUAAUCCCUAACUGUUGUUUUUGAAAUAGUUUCUUUAAAGUUCAUAGUAUUAUUUGCAUUUACGGUUAACGACUUUUUCUGUGCUGUCAGACAGCAUGGGAAAAAAGUUUACUUUGUUGCAUGAAAAUUACUCUAUGAAAUGGUUUUAAUCUAAAAAGAAACCCUUAAUUGUGUCUAAAAUAAAAAUUCCAAAGUGGAAUCUUA